UGUCUGGAAAGGCACUAAAGUUUCUUUUACAGCUUCAAGGAUGAGUAGAGUCAGUCUCUCCGAGAAGGGGACAAAGAACAGACAGAAUGAACAGCUUUAAAGGCACAGACACUUGAAAAGGACAAGUGGAUACGUGGAGAGUCAUCUGGGCCAUUAUGGCAGUCAAGUGGACUGGUGGACAUUCUUCUCCUAUUCUGUGCCUAAAUGCAAGUCAAGAAGGGCUAGUGGCUUCUGGAGCAGAAGGUGGAGAUCUCAUGGUUUGGGGUGAAGACGGGACUCCGUUAGGACACACACGCUUCCAAGGGGCAGAUGAUGUUACCAGUGUCUUAUUCUCUCCCUCCGGCCCCACCAAGCUCUACGCCUCACAUGGAGAAGCUAUUAGCGUGCUGGAUGUCAGGUCUCUCAAGGGAUCCUUGGACGAUUUUCAUGUGAAUGAAGAAGAAGUCAACUGUCUUUCAUUGAAUGAAACUGAAAACCUCCUGGCUUCUGCUGAUGACUCCGGAACAAUCACAGUCCUUGACCUGGAAAAUAAGAAAGUUAGCAGAUCGCUGAAGAGACAUUCCAACAUCUGUUCCUCUGUAGCUUUUCGGCCUCAGAGGCCUCAGAGCCUGGUGUCAUGUGGACUGGAUAUGCAGGUGAUGUUUUGCAGAGAGUACUUGGAUAAUUUCUAAAUGGGACUUGCUAACAGAAUCAAACUAUUGAUUGGGCUAAAUAUAUCUUUGCAUUUUCUAUUCUCUACUAACAUGUCUUACGUAUUUAUGAGCCGUAAGCUUUACUUCUACUGCAUGUUUAAUGCUAACUUGACAAGGUCUAGUAGAUUUUAUUCACAAAGUAAUUAUUCUUUUACUCUUACUUUCUCUAUGCUUUAAGACAUUCCUAAAACAUGAGAAUUCAAAUAUUUGAUUCCAAACAUCUGUUUAAAGAAAGGACCAUGCUAAAAGCAGAAUUUAUCACCCACUCUCUAUGAAGACUAUUGUUUAAAAAAAAAAAAGUUGGAGGACUUGGAUCUAUUCAUGUUUUUACUCUAAAAAUCACUGGAGGGAGAAUAGUCAUGGCUUCUCUUUGGUGAGCACUUACUACUUGCCACUGCGUUACAUAUAUUAGUUUUCAUUCUAAUCAUACCCUGAUCAUUACUGUUUCUUUUUUAGAAAUGAGGAAACUGAGAUUCAUACUAUGUUUCCCCACAGCUGUCUGAAUUGGGAUUCAAACCUCAAUCUCUCUGGCUUCAAAGCCUGUAUUUUUUCUCUGUGACACCAGAGGUUUAAAUAGAAUAUCAUUGAUAAUGUGGUAGAAACAGUUCUUGGAAUGGGAACAGGUGACUCCUACAAAAAGAACCAUUGUUUAUUAAUGACGUGUGUGCCCAGCACUGUUCUAGGCAUUGCAUCUACAUUCUCAACUGUGUGUAAUAUCGUCUAAGACUUUGUGGCCACUUCUUGGCCAGUGAUCUUUACCACUCCCUCCUCUACCCUCCACACCUCCUUAUGAUUUAGAAAUAACAGGCUGUUUUAGUUGUCACUGUGACUGCCACCUCCUCCCCCAAGCUACUGGUGUUUAGUAGGAAGAAUCAGUGGAUGUCCUGAUGUUUUGGGGCAGUCCCUAAACAAUAAAGAAUUGUACUACCAAAAAUUUGUAGUGCCUCUGUUGAGAAUCAUUUUACACCUAGAGGGCACAGUGACCCCAUGACCUCUAAACUCCUUUUCUACUCCUAGGUCUUGUCCAAAACUUUUAUAUUUUCUACCUUAGUGGAGAUAAUCUGCUUACUGGGUUGGGCAGAAAGACCUGCACGACCAGUCAGAUACCUCUUUUAAGUAGGCAGAUUGCACAGUGUCUCUUUGACGAGUCAUUCUUUCAUCCUUAAGCUAUACCAGUUUUCAGUCACUGGUUCAUUAAUUAACUGCUAGGCAUGGCAGUAAACAGUUAGGUGUGCAGCAGUCACAGAGUAGAUAAGAAGCAGGCAUCCAGAAUUUACCAUUUUGCCUCCAGUUCUAGAUGAGAAGGUUUAGUGGCAGGCAGCUGCUAGAGAACAGUAUAGGAAAUAAACAUAUUGUGAAAAGAAGGCUUAGGUAAUUGCUUUUUGAUUUGACUGUCAAGAAUUGCUGAAAAUUCACUGUAGAUUAACUUCUGCAUUGGGUUGUGGUAUAACAGUAGUAGCUAAGAUAGUACAGCCAUGCUUUAAAGAAAUUACUUAACUGAAGUUGAAACUCUGUAAUUUCUUCCAAAUUACUUCUUAAAACCUGGUUAUCUGGUAGUCUAUGGGGGAGUCCAAGAUUGCAGGCAUAAUAAUGAAAGAGAGUUUUUAUCAGAUUAAUGAUGAGAGUUAUUUCUCUCUGAACAAGCAUGUUUUGUCUCAAAGGAGGAAUUGAAUUAUUGCCACACAUAAUAGAUGUGUUCAACACACCUAUCUUUGUUAUUAUAGGAAUUAUAAAAAUUAUAUCCUUUGAUUUAGGUAGGUUUAAGUAGGCAAAGCUUACUCAAAUAGGCAGGGACCUUAAGGAUGAAGUGUGAUUUAUUAAGACACUUGAGACUGCUUAAUCUUAGGCACAAAAUAAUAUUCAUAAUUCGUGUAUAAGGUAUAAAAAAAUUAAAUACAUACAUGUGUACCCACCACUCAAAUACAGUUUUUUCUUGUAAGGACCUUUGGAAAUUUGAAGCCAUCAUGAAUUUCUGUAGUAUACACAUUGGUUUUCUUUCUCCCUCAUUUCCACAUUUGAAAACAAAUGGUUCAAAGGUUUGUUCUUUUUUCUGGAGUUUGAGAGAUCUCUAGUACCAAAACUUAAGGAUCGGGAUAGUGGAGGAACCCUCUUUUCUCCCCCUUGAAAAUGAAUCUUUUAUGUGGAAAAAAAUGUUUUUGUAGAAGGUUUUGAGCAGGUUCGCUUUGAUAUGCUUGCAUUCACUUCUGAAUGUCACUUCUUUUGAAAGUAGGCUGAGCUGAAGGAAGUUACUUUGAAUAGAAAACCAAAUCCUUAAUAUAAAUCAGCAGUAGUAACCUUGUCAGUGCAGACCUGUGCGUUCACUAAACAAGGUGAUGCUUAUCCCAGUGUCCGUUUUAAAUUGUGAGUCAUGAUUCAGGGAUGGUACGAGAUGGUAAAACACAGCUGUCUAUUCUCUCUGAAAGUACGAAGAAUAUUUUCUUUUUCAAAUUGGUUGCUAUGGGAAGAAAAUUGCUGGAUUACAGAGUAAAAUUCAAUUCACAGAGCGUAUUGUUUUGUUUUAAACAGUUUUUAAUUAGCAUUUUAUUUAAAUCCACUUAGUAGAUCCAGGAUCAUGGUAGGGAACAGCAACAAGAAGCCAAGUAUACCGAGAUGUCAGAUGAAUCAGCAGACUUGUUUAGGAUUUCUGCUCUUUUCUCCAGGUGCCAUGCUAGGCGUUCGCAAAGAUGAGUUAGAUCUUAAGGCACUGAAGAGCUAUGGCAUACGUCAGUUACAGAACAGCAGUUACGUAUGGGAGAAGGAGAAGGGGGCUGGAGUAGAGGGACAGGAAUUUGGGCUAUACCCUUAGGGGGAGUAAUUUGGGUAAUGUGAAAGGAAAGGAAAAGCAUUCCAGAUAAAAAUUAUUUCAGUGGUAUCCUAGUUUAGUUUAUUUAGUUGAUAGGUAUUUUUACUUGUAACAAACAUAGACUAAAAUUAAUAAAUUUCAUAAUCUUCAAUUUUGUUUGCAGAGAUCAGGGUAGAAUGACUUAAAGAAACUGGCAUCUGCUUAUGAAUUAGAUGACACUUUAAUGGGUUUGUUCAUCAAAAGUUACUCAGGAUCUUGUUUUCUAAAUUCUGCCUUCCUUACUGCCCACUGGCAUUCUGGUUUUGGCACCAGCGUAGCAUCCCACUGGCCUGCUGUGGUGCUGUCUGAAUUUUUUUCCUUUAACAUUGCUGGAAAUGUAUCCUACUAAUCAUUCUCAGACUGCUUUGAUGAUUUUGUCAGAAGCAGAAUAAGCAUGUUAAACAAACCAGC